GCUUUGAGGGGGGGGGGCUAUGUGUAUGUGUGCUGUUGUGGACCCCCCCGCCCCGCUCUGAGCGCUGCCUCCCGCAGGUCCCGCCGCGAUGUUGAUGCUCCGCGCUGUGCCCCGGCGCAGAGUCCGUCUGCCCCCCCCGCCGCUCCCCCCGCACCGGAGCUCCUCCCGGACGGACAUCGGCCCCGGCGCUCCGAACCCGGGGGGGGGCGGCGGCGGUGGGCGGGUGGUCCCGGUGCUGGCGGCGCUGCUCGGCCUCGGAGCGGCGCUGAGCUACGGAGAACGGCGGCGGAGGGCCGCUCACGCCGCUGCCGCCCCCCCGUCGUACCCACGUUAUACACGGGAGGAGGUGGGACGGCACCGGAGCCCAAAGGAACGAAUUUGGGUGACCCACGGAACCGACGUGUUCGACGUCACCGACUUCGUGGAGCUUCACCCGGGGGGACCCGAUAAGAUCCUGCUGGCGGCGGGGGGGGCCCUGGAGCCUUUUUGGGCGCUCUAUGCGGUGCACGGGGAACCGCACGUCCUGGAGCUGCUGCGGCAAUACAAAGUGGGUGAGCUCAGCCCCGACGAGGCUCCGCCGGCCCCCAACGCCCAAGACCCCUUUGCCGGGGACCCCCCCCGGCAUCCCGGCUUACGUGUCAACAGCCAGAAGCCCUUCAACGCGGAGCCGCCGGCCGAGCUGUUGGCCGAACGCUUCCUGACUCCAAACGAGCUUUUCUUCACCCGUAACCACCUCCCGGUACCGGCGGUAGAACCGGGCUCUUACCGGCUGCGUGUAGACGGUCCCGGCGGCCGCACGUUGUCGUUAUCUCUGGACGAACUGCGGAAUCGUUUCCCUAAACACGAAGUGACCGCAACCCUUCAAUGCGCCGGUAACCGCCGCUCCGAGAUGAGCCGCGUCCGCCCCGUCAAAGGGUUGUCGUGGGAUAUCGGGGCCAUCAGCACGGCCCGGUGGGGCGGAGCGAGGCUCCGGGACGUCCUGCUGCACGCCGGUUUCCCCGAGGAACGGGGGGACGAGUGGCACGUCUGCUUCGAAGGGUUGGACGCCGACCCCGGGGGGGCUCCGUACGGAGCAUCCAUCCCUUACGGCCGAGCUCUCAGCCCCGUUGCCGACGUGCUGCUGGCCUAUGAGAUGAACGGCACCGAGCUGCCCCGCGAUCACGGCUUCCCGGUCCGCGUGGUGGUGCCCGGUGUGGUGGGGGCACGGAGCGUGAAAUGGCUGCGACGUGUGACCGUGAGCCCGGCCGAGAGCCCCAGCCAUUGGCAGCAGAACGACUACAAGGGCUUCUCGCCCUGCGUGGAUUGGGACACGGUGGAUUAUCGCACGGCACCCGCCAUCCAGGAGCUGCCGGUACAAUCCGCCGUUACUCAGCCUCGGCCCGGAGCCGCGGUGCCACCGGGGGAGCUGACGGUGAAGGGUUACGCGUGGAGCGGCGGCGGGCGUGAAGUGGUGCGGGUGGACGUGUCGGUAGACGGCGGGCGGACGUGGAACGUGGCACGGUUGGCAGGAGACAAAGCCCCGUUGGGUCGCGCGUGGGCGUGGGCUUUGUGGGAGCUGACGGUGCCGGUAACGGCGGGGACGGAGCUGGAAAUCGUUUGUAAAGCGGUGGACAACAGCUACAACGUGCAGCCCGACAGCGUGGCGCCCAUCUGGAACCUGCGGGGGGUGCUGAGCAACGCGUGGCACCGUGUCCGUGUGUCCGUGCAGGGCUGAGGGCCCCGUGGGACCGACCCCCCCCCCCCCAUGGCUCCGGUCCGCCGUGGCUCCGGUCCCCCCCCCUCCCGGUCCGGUCCCGGUUUGGGAUGCGGCCCCGCUGCCGCCUCUGGCACAAAGUUCAACCCCCUGAAAGUGAAAAGUGUGAAAGAGGCUCCAUAAAGAUUGCGCAGCUUUUU